AUGCUUCCCGUUUUUGGUUACGGGCAACCUUCGGUGCAUAUAGCCCCACCGAUAAGCUGGGUGGGCKCUAAGGAGAAUACUCGGCAGCUUUCCCCUAGACCAAGCGUUUUUCGUUUUUUUUACUUGGAUGCAUUUGAAGACGUGUUCAAACAACCUGGAGUUGUAUUUCUUUUUGGAAAAGUAAAACCUGUUAAUUUUGAUACAUAUGUAAGCUGUUGUGUAGUAGUUAAAAAUAUUGAAAGAAGGAUGUUUCUACUUCCAAGAAAUACAACAUCUGAAAAUGAAGAAGUAAAAAUGGUUGAUGUUUAUAAUGAAUUCAAUAAUCUGACUGACAAGUAUCAAAUACAAAAUUUUAAAUCACGCAAAACUACUAAAAAAUAUGCAUUUGAUCUAGCUGAUGUUGCAGAUGAGAGUGAAUAUUUGGAGAUAAGAUAUUCUGCUUCCCAUCCACCUCUGCCUGAAGAUUUAAGCGGUAAAACAUUUAGCAGAGUAUUUGGUACAAAUACUUCGUUCUUAGAGCUUCUUCUCUUAGAUCAAAAGAUAAAAGGACCCUGUUGGUUGGAUAUAAAAAUUCCUCAACUCUCUAAUAAUCCUAUGAGUUGGUGCAAAAUCGAGGUAUACAUAGUGUAUAUGUUACGGUCAAUGACGAAAAUUUUGAUAUUUACGUUAAAGCCCGGCCAUGUCGAAAAUUAUCUUGUACAAUACAAAUUUAYGUCAAUUUCACGUCCAAGUAACAUUCCAUGGCCUCUCCGAUAUCAAGAAGAAUUAAAAAAAUGUGGAGAUCCUUCUAAAAUUAUAAAAAUGGAUUCAGAACGAGCAUUGCUAACUUUUUUCCUUGCUAAGUUGUCCAAAAUUGAUCCAGAUAUGAUAAUUGGACAUGAUAUAUGUAGUUACAUAUUAUCAACUCUUGUAAGUCGUUUAGAAGCAAAUAAAAUACAAAAUUGGUCAAAAAUUGGUCGUCUUCGUAGAACUUUAUUUCCCAAAAAAGGGAAAUUUAUGAGUGAAAAAAGUGUGCUCAGUGGCAGGUUGAUUUGUGAUACUCAAAUUUCUGCAAAAGAAUUGAUUAAAGCAAGAAGUUAUGAUUUAUACUCGUUAUCUGAACAGAUUCUCGAUGUCAAAGAAAACGAACAGUUUAAUUUAUCUGAUGAUGAAGUUAGUUAUAUGUAUUGUUCGGCUGUUUCUUUAAUGCAGCUUAUAAAAUUUACAAUUAUGGAUACCUCAUGCAUAAUGCGACUUAUGUGUCAAAUGAAUGUAUUGCCUUUAGCACUUCAAAUAACUAAAAUUGCAGGAAAUUUACUAUCCAGAACCCUUAUUGGUGGUCGUGCAGAAAGGAAUGAGUUUCUAUUAUUGCAUGCCUUUAAUGAAAAAGGUUACAUACUUCCCGAUAAGCAGUAUAAAAAAAGAUUAAUGAAUAAAAAUGAAGAUAAUAUAGAAGAAGAGAGUACUAAAAAAAAUGGCCGUAAAAAAGCUCAAUAUUUAGGAGGUCUUGUACUUGAUCCUAAAAUUGGUUUUUAUGACAAAAUGAUAUUGUUGAUGGAUUUCAAUUCACUUUAUCCGAGUAUAAUUCAGGAGUACAAUAUUUGCUUCACAACAGUUAGCUUUCGAACAUUGCUUGCUGAAGAGGGUGAUGAUGAAAUAGCUGAAUUAUUAAAGUUAACACCAAAUCAAUCUGUUGCUCGUGGAAUUUUACCUGCUGAAAUUAAGUCAUUGGUAGAUUCGCGAAGAGAAGUAAAGAAGUUAAUGAAUGAUCCAAAAAUAUCGGCUACUCUUAAAGAGCAGUAUAAUUUGAGGCAAACUGCACUUAAACUUACUGCCAAUAGUAUGUAUGGAUGUUUAGGUUUUACUCAUUCCCGUUUUUAUGCUAAGCCAUUGGCUGCAUUGAUUACUGCAAAAGGAAGAGAAAUAUUAAUCAGUACUAAAGCAUUGGUUGAGAAACUAUCAUUUGAUGUUAUUUAUGGAGAUACAGAUUCAUUAAUGAUCAACUCAAACUGUGUUGACUAUGAUCAAGUUAUGAAAAUUGGGUAUAAAAUUAAAGCUGAAGUCAAUAAAAUGUACAAACAAGUGGAAUUAGAUAUUGAUGGAAUUUUCAAAUACAUGUUGUUAUUAAAAAAAAAAAAGUAUGCCGCUAUUUCUAUAUCAAAACUUCCCUCAGGUGAAUUUAUAACUAAAGAAGAGAUUAAAGGUUUGGAUAUUGUAAGAAGGGAUUGGUCACAAUUAUCACAAGAAGCUGGACGAUUUGUCUUAAGACAAAUAUUAUCUGAUCAGUCUCCUGAAGAAAGAGUAUCAAAUAUUUGUGCUCAAUUGGAAAAACUUAAAGCUGAUUGUGAAGGAAAUAAUGUUCCRUUAGGACUUUUGGCCAUUAGUAAAACAUUAACUAAAGCACCUCAAGAUUACUCUGAUUCUAAAGCAUUGCCACAUGUAGCCAUUGCUCAACGUCUCAACAAACAAAGUAUUAAAUUUAGACAAGGUGAUACUGUAUCAUAUGUGGUUUGUGAAGAUGGAACAAAUUUAGCAUCAAAUCAAAGAGUUUAUCAUGUGGACGAGCUAAAAAACAAUACUUCUUUAAAAAUUGAUUUCAAGUAUUAUUUAUCACAGCAAAUACAUCCAGUCAUAAUGAGAUUAUGUGCACCAUUAGAAAACAUUGAUGCUAAAAUGAUAGCUGAAUGUUUAGGUCUUGAUCCCACACAGUACCAAAAUCAAAGCACAAAAACCGUUUAUGAAAAUUCAAUAGAAGAAAAUACAAUUGAUUUGGAUGAUGCAACAAGAUUUAGUAGUUGUGAUCCGUUUAAAUUCAAAUGCCUUGGCUGUAAAACCGAAGUUGAAAUUUUUGCACCAGCAAUUAAAAAGGCUAAUGGUAAAUUAGAAUUUACUUUAGAAAAUUGUUCUAAUUCAGAAUGUUAUAUUUCGCCAUAUAAAUAUAUUGGGAUGWUGGAAAAUACUUUAUGGUCAGCUAUAAGAAAGCAUACAAUAAAGUUUUAUAAGAGUCAAUAUGUAUGUGAUGAAAGUACUUGUGAUUAUAAAAGCAAAUAUAUUCCGCGAACAAGUGAUGAAAUUUGUGUACAAUGUGAAUCAGGAACCUUAAAAAAAGAAUAUUCAGUCGGUCAAUUAUUGUUCCAAUUAAGAUAUUACCUGUUUUUAUUUGACAUUGACAAAGUAUUGCUCAGAAACAAGGAAAUACAAUUGGAUAUUGAGGAUCCAUUAUAUAAAGCUUAUAGUAGAUUAAAAGCUAAAGUUCAAAAAGUACUUAAACAUCAUGAUUUCUACUAUGUUAACUUAAAACAAAUAUUUGGCCAAUGUUAAACAAUAUUACAUUUUGUAUAAUACAUUAUUAUUUACCUAUUUUAUUAAAUUAGUAUCAUUAUUAUAUUUAUUAUUAUUAUUUUACUUCUAUCAUAAGCCCCAAAAACCCAUUUAAUAU